AUGAGGGACAGUUUAAAUAUAACGUCGCUGCCGAGCCCUAUAGGGAGGUACAAGCUUAUCAAAAAGCUUGGAUCUGGUAUUUUUGGUGAGGUCUUUAAAGCUACCGACGCCCAGGCAGCGGACAAAGCAGUAGCCGUAAAAGUCCAGAUCCACUUUGAGGAUGACGACGCCCACAUCCACGAGGAGUACAGAAUUUUGCGCGACUUUACAAGUCACUCUAACCUGAUCGACUUUUACGGCGUCUUCUGUGAGAAGUCAGAAUCACUGAGAAAAAUAUGGUUCAUACUUGAGUUAUGCGAUUGCGGGUCCGUCUUGGAUAUUGUCAGAAAACUGAAGGCGACCGACAGAAAAAUGUCCGAGGAGCACAUCGCUUACAUACUCAAAUAUACGAUCAAGGCUGUAGUGCACUUGCACGAAAAUAAAAUUAUUCAUAGAAAUGUUCGGUGCAGCAAUAUUUUGAUCACAAAAGACGGUGAAGUCAAACUCACAGAUUUCGGAUUGGCGUGCAAAUUGACGGGAAACGUUGAAAGAACUAGAACAAACAUUGGAUCACCAAGUUGGAUGGCACCAGAAGCUGUUGUUAUCAGCGAUGAAGGUUACGAUAGCAGAGUUGAUGUUUGGGCCUUAGGCAUAACAACCAUUGAAAUGGUGGACGGUAAGGCACCAUUUCAGGAUAUGCAUCCCACAAGAGCCUUGUUUCAAAUAGUAAGAAAUCCUCCGCCAAGUGUGUGUAAGCCAUCUAUGUCAUCCAAUGACAUUAAUGAUUUUAUUGCAGAGUGUCUUGAAAAGAAUCCAGACCACAGGCCUUAUAUGAUGGAGUUAGAAGAACAUCCAUUUAUUCAAUUAGUACCGGAAAACGAUUAUCAUUUAUCUACCGAGCUAAAAAUGUUAGCUGUUGAUCUCAGUAAUUCUCCGGCACCUGACAAAAUACCUGAAAAAAUUAUUAAAAAUGGCCUUUUGACUACCGAAGGUAUUCAUGAACCUGAAACGAUGCAAGUCGAGGAUCUGGCUGCAUUAGAUGUUUUGACCGAAGACAAUCUUUUAUCAGAAUUAUACACAAAACUAGCAAAGGGAUCAUUUACGUCUUUCAUUGGAGAUGUUCUUCUCAUUUUAAAUCCAAACAUGAAUGCUGAUAUCUACAACGAAAGUUAUCAUAAAAAAUAUGAAUGUAAAUCAAGAUCUGACAAUGAGCCCCACAUAUUCGCUGUUGCUGACAGCGCCUAUCAAGAUGCUCUUCAUCACAAUGAACCUCAACAUAUAGUAUUCUCGGGAGAAAGUAAAUCAGGAAAGACUACUAACAUGACCCACGCACUUUCACAUUUGACUCACUUGGGCGCGAUGAAAAAUAAUACAGCUGAAAGGGUUCGAAAAGCGAAUGAUGUUGUACAGGCUUGUAUAUGCGCUGCAACACCAGUGAACCAAAACUCAACACGAGGCAUUUUACAAGUUCAGGUCACUUAUGGCAGCUCCGGCAAAUUAAGCGGAGCUAUAUUUUGGCUUUAUCAGCUUGAAAAAUGGCGUGUUUCAUCUACUGACAUGACCCACGCUAACUUUAAUCUUCUUUAUUACUUUUACGACGCUAUGGAAGCUGAAAACAGGUUAGAGGAAUUGUGUUUAGAGAAAUAUAGAAAGCAUCGUUACCUACGUAUACAAGAAGAAUCACCACGAGGAGCGAGAGGUGUGCGUGAAACGCCAACAGAGAAUGUUACAAAAUACAAAGAAUUUGUAGAGAACUUAAAGGUCUUAGAUUGGGAGCAAGAAGAUAUUACGUUUUUAGAAACUGUAUUGGCUAGCAUAUUAGUACUUGGAAAUGUAAGAUUUAAAGACAGCAAAAACGGCACUGCCGAAAUAGAAAAUCCUGAAGAAGCUAAAAAAAUAGCGAAGUUGUUGUCACUAGAUGAAGUGAAAUAUCUCUGGGCAUUAUUGAAUUACUGUUUAAUUGAAAGAGGAACUGCAAUUAAAAAAAGACAUUCUACUGAUGAAGCAAGAGAUGCAAGAGACACUUUAGCAAGCGCAUUAUACAAGAGAUUAGUAGACUGGAUGAUCAAUUUGAUAAAUUCGAAAUUAUCUUUCAUGCGAUCUGUAUUUGGUGAUAAAUACUCAGUCAGCUUAUGGGAUAUGUUUGGCUUUGAAUGUUAUCAUAGAAAUCGUUUGGAGCAACUUAUUGUUAACACAACGAAUGAACAAAUACAGUUCCUGUAUAAUCAAAGAAUGUUUGCUUGGGAAAUGCAGGAAGAAGAGCAAGAAGGCAUUUCCAUAGUGCCGCUACAUUUCUAUGACAAUAAGAGUUCCGUUGAUCAACUUAUGGCAAGACCAACAGGAAUAUUCUACAUUUUAGAUGAAGCUAGUCGAAAUGGAAGCGGCCAAGAGUUUAUAAUGAAUGCCAUACGGACAACUAGUAAAGGUCCAUACAUAAAGCUAUCCGGAGGUCAUGAAUUUAGCGUAGCCCACUACACAGGAAAAGUCAAUUACGACGCCAGGGAAAUGGCUGAUAAAAACAAAGAUUUUCUCCCCCCCGAGAUGAUCGAAACAAUGAGGGCAUCAACUAAUGCCACACUGCAACAAUUAUUCAAAAACAAGUUGACCAAAACUGGUAACUUAACCAUUUCGUCGUGUCAACCGCAGCCGUCGAACAGUAAGUCAAAACCGGAAAAAGAGAUGGAAAAUAUAAAAGCUCGAAAAUACAACACAGUGUCGCGCGGGCAUUACUCGCAGAGCCACAGAAUGAGGACCGCAGCGGCAACGUACAGGGCGACCAGUCUGGAGAUCCUCAAACAGCUGUCGAAUGGACCUGGCAGCGGUGGCACGCUGUACGUCCGCUGCGUGCGGGCGGACCUGACCGACAGCCCUAGAGGUUUCCAGGCGGAGGUAGUUCGCCAGCAGCUGAGAGCACUCGCUGUACUGGACACAGCGAAAGCGCGCCAAAAGGGAUUCUCUUGUCGUAUUCCUUUCGCCGAGUUUAUACGCAGAUACCGUUUCUUGGCGUUUGAUUUUGACGAAAAUGUUGAGGAGACAAAGGACAACUGCAGACUGCUAUUAAUUCGCCUGAAAAUGGAGGGCUGGGAAUUAGGCGAAACAAAAGUGUUCCUGAAGUAUUACAAUGAAGAGUUCCUGUCCAGAUUGUAUGAAACGCAAGUGAAGAAAAUUAUCAAAGUUCAAUGUAUGAUGCGAGCUUUCUUAGCAAAAAGGAAAACAUGCCAGAAUAAAUCGAAAAUAAUGCACAUUAAGGAGCUGAAAAAACAACAAUCCGCAAAUGUGUCUGAGGACGAAGCUGCACUGAUGAUCCAGAAAGCAUACAGAGGUUAUAUGGUGCGCAAAGCUUACGGCCCACUUAUCAACAAGACAUCAGGCCAAAUAGACGAGACGACUGCGUCGUUCCUCAAGAGAUACGCAAUGAAAUGGAAGAGCCGCUCCAUAUUCCAAGUCCUGUUACAGUACAGGGCAAUGCGAUACCAGGAUUUGGUACACUUUUCUCAACAGAUUCACAUAUACAAUCAGGCGGUCAUAGAAGGGCUGCUUAAUACCAGCGUAUCUGUUCUACUGGAGAGAAUUGAUCCCAAUGCCAAGGGAUCAACUUUCCUCGGCUCUGUGCGUCCAACGGUAUGGAAGUUGCCUUUCAGAAUCGACCAGCUGCAAUUCUACGACACAUCUUCUAUGUGUGACCCCAAUGUUAAAAUCACCGACACGUUCGCGGGCCAGAACGACUCCGACCACGAACAGUGGGACGAGCCGUUGAAGCGCGGCUACUCGACGCAAACCGAUCCGUACAUGCUGUCGGCGAGCACGCAGACGCUGAUAACCAUGCCGUUCUGCAGAGAUCCCAUGCAGCCGUUGCCAAAGCUACCGUCCGAAGACGCACUGCCCAGGGCUUCGGCCGUCUGCCCGGACGCUUACGUCGGCACCGGCAGCCGACCGGUGGUGUACAAGAAGAAGGGCAACCAAUCCCCCCAGGGCUACUACCAACCGCCCACGCCGUGGGCCAGCCCGAGGGACGAGACGGAGAUUUUGGAGAACAGCGCGCCGAUGCGCCGCGGUAACUACGGCAGGAGCGUUCACACUUUCGACAUGGACGCCCAGGACCCGAUACAGGAGCUGCAGGCGCUGGCGAAAUCCGCAACGGAAUUCGGCGACGAUGAGCCCCCGUUCAACUUCCAGGCCAUGCUGAAGAAGACGCCCAAGAACCGGGCCUCCAUGAAACGGUUCAACGAGCUCGACGUGUUGGAGGAUAAGCACGCCGCUCCCAAGUAUAUAAUAUCGCCGGAUAGGGCGGUGGGCGGCGCUCCGCCCAGGUACGAUUUGCCCUUGAAUAGGGGCAAGUCCACGAGCCCUUACUACUCGCAGGCACCGCCGGCCAAAAUGACCCCGGUCAUAGAGAGCCGACCGAUGAAGGACUUCAUGAGGGAGGACUCUAAGGAAUAUUACAUGACCGACUCGAACAGGGCCGAUUCGAACUCCGACUCGGCUUAUCAGAUCAAAGGCAAUAAGUCCGAUGUGUCGACUGUAACUGAGAUAGCUCCGGGCAUCACAUUAGAGGGGGCAGUGGCCGAUUUG